AUCAAAGUUGCCUCCUCGAAAUUGACCAAACAAAGAAAUGGAAAUAGCCGAGGAUCGGAUUGAGUGUUGGAAAAUAGAAGAGCAGAUCAGGAAAGGGAUUGAAAUAGAAGCUUUGGAGCUGUUCGGGUGCUAAACAGUCACGUUCACGCUCGCCUUUGCGCAGUUCUAGUCAAAGCUGGUGGCAACGCUGAAACAGUGCUAGCAAAUGCGCACAGGUCAAAUAAAAUGACGCCUAAAAAUGGCAAAACGCGUCGCAGUGGCCAAAGCAGAAUGCCAACAAUAAUAAAGCAGCGGCAACAACAAAACAGUCUACGCAACUCACGGGUUUUUUCCGCAACAAACAAUUCAAAUAAAUGUUAAAAGUAUUAACUAAAACUGUGUUAAAUUCGUGCAAAAAAUAUAUUGUUCUUACCUCAAUUAAAUCAAAGUUAAAGAAACGACGCAAAUUCCUUGGCAUACGCAGCAAGCACGUGUAUUGGCGGGGGGAGGCGAGGCGCGCUAUUUUGGAUGCUACGCAAUAAGGCAACGCUACGCAAUUUCAGCUGCUGCUGCUGCUGCGGCCGUUGCUGCUACGCACCUGCCAAAACCGAAGCGCUGCUGCGGCCGCUGUCGCUGCCGCUGCCUUUACCGUUGCUGCUGACGUGUGCAAACGAGUGCGAAGCGACGACAGGAUAUUUAACGGCAAAAACAACAACAACAACAGCAACAGCAAGAAGAGCAGAAACCAACUGCACGACAAAAUUAACGAAGUGUCAGUGCAAUUGAACGACACGACGCACGCAUACACACACACGCACACACACACAUACACAUACAGCAAUAAAAAGCUAACGAAAAGACAAAUUGCUGUAAAAAAAUGCAGCGCCACGGAGAGCGCAGCAGAUUGCAUAAAAAUCCUGCUCAAGAAUAAGUGCACACACACACACACACACACACGCAUACUAGAGAGCCGCACAUAGAAGCGCGACAAAGCAAAACAAGAAGAAGAAAAAAAUAAGUCCGAAAAAAGGGCAAACAAAGUGCGCACAAACAAGGUGGAAAGUAAAAAAGUUGUUUGUCAACUUGUUGGCGUCCAUUGCACACACACAAACACACACACACACACAGAGACGCAUACAAACAAACAUUCCCCGCGAAACACCCGCGCAGCGCCCCUCAAAUGUUGCAGCAACAAAGUGUCUGGCUGUACUGCUACUGCUACCAAGUGGAAAUGCAAGUCCAGUGUGCAUGCAACAGCGCCUGCGGCCAGUGCUAAGCAACAGCAACAGCAGCAGCAGCAGCGCAGCGCAGCAGCAAGAAGAAGCAGCAGCAGUAGAAACGAGCAGCAGCAGAGUACGAUAGAAAUCCUUUGCAGCCAUGUCAACGGUCACUCGCAGCGCCAGCGCCAGCCCCUGCAUGGCCCUCAAUGGCAUCAUCGAUGCGAGCCUCUUUCCCCUCAAGUCCACUUCGGAUGUGGUCAAUCUCUUUCGGCGCGCCCUCACCAGCCCCAUUGAGCCGGACCUGACGCUUCUCUCGAUUGUCGUCGGCUACAUUGAGCUGUCGCUGACCACGGGCGAGGCGGCCCAAGCGGCGCAGGCAGCCCAAGCGGCUCUAGGUGGCGGCAGUGACGUCAUCAUGGGCAACAGCGUGCCCUUUCCGGUGGUCACGCACGAGCUGAUCGCCGGGCUGUACAAGAAAUUCCAGACGAUCUUGUCGGUGGUGGAGAAGCCGAAGCCGCAUCGCCAGGCAACGCGUGAGAUCAUCAAGAAGGUGUCCGAUGUGAUAUGGAACUCGCUGAUAAGGAGCAGCUACAAGGAUCGGGCGCAUCUGCAGAACCUCUACAGCUACUUGUCGGGCAACAAGCUGGACUGCUUUGGCGUUGCGCUGGCCACCACCGCCGGCUGUCAGCUGCUCGGCUAUCGCGAUGUCCGGCUGGCCAUAUCCGAGGAUCACGCCUGGGUGGUGUUCGGGCAGAAGCAUGUGGAGAGCAUCGAGGUGACCUGGCACGGCAAGGGCAGCGAGGAUAAGCGCGGCCAGGACAUUAGCGCCGGCAUCGAAUCCGGCUCCUGGCUCUAUCUGGGCGGCCUGGCCGUUGUCUGUGAGCGCGGCAUGGAGGUGGCCGCCAUCUGUGUCGCCCUCAACAUCUCCCUGAGCGCGAACAGCGAUUGCGUCGAAGUCGCCGAGCUGCAGCAGCAGCUGCUCUGGCUACUGUACGAUCUGGGCCAUCUGAAGCGCUAUCCGAUGGCGCUGGGCCUGCUCGGCGAGCUGGAGGAGAUCCAUCGCACGCAUCGCAGCAUCAGCUGCGAGCAGCUGUUCCGCGAGGCCAUCGAUUCCGCGCGCAACUAUUACCACAACCAUCACGUCUAUCCGCACAUCUUUCAGGGCAACUACUACAAUCGCCUGCUCAAGUAUCGCGAGGCGUUCGCCGCCUGGGCUAAUGCGGCCGAUGUCAUCAGGCUGUACACGUAUCAGUGCCGCGACGACGAGGAGAUCUACAAGGAGCUGCUGGACAUUGCCAAUGAGCUAAUACCCUAUGUCAUGAAAACGGAAAGCUCCGGCCACUCGGCGCGCAGCAUUCUCCGCGACGCGGAGGUCUUUGCCAAUCUGUUGCGCUUCUACGACGGCAUCUGUCAGUGGGAGGAGGACAGCCUGACGCCCAUUCUCCACAUCGGCUGGGCCAAGCCGCUCGUCACUAACAUUACCAAGUUCGACUACGAUAUACGCUCCCAGGUGGUCAUCAAACUGCCCGAGGAUCUGGAGGCCGAACAGGCCGCCGCUUUGGAGGCUAAAAAGGCAGCUGCUGCAGCAGCAGCAGCAACAACUGCAGCUGCAGCUGCUGAGGCAACGCUGCAUUUGGAGGGCAACAAUAACAACAACAACAACACGCUGGCCAAAAAGGAUGAGAAAUCCAAAUCGGAGCUGCCGACAACUCUCGCAGAUUUGACGGCCGCCUGUGGCGAGAAGAUACUGAAUCCAGAUUUUUUGCUGCAGGGCGGCGGUCAGCCAUUCGCUGACCAAAAGCAACAAGCGGCUGCAGAGCAAACAACGUCCAGCGAUCUGUCGCACAACAACAACAACAACAUUAAAACAAGCAGCAGCAAGGAGGCUGACAAGGAGGCUACAACAACAAGCAACGGCGGCGGCAGCGGCAGCAACUUGACGCAUUCGCCGUCCACCGAGGCGCAGAUGCAGUCGCCGUCGCAGUCGCAGCACAAAGAAGCUAAAUUGGAGGAAAGCAGCCAGCUGGAGCUGGCGAGCAGCAAGCCGGCCGCUGUCGAUGAUUACGAUCCCUUUGAAAUAAUGCUGAAACGUCCGGUGAUCACGCUGUACAGUCAGAAAAUGAAGGGCCUGAAGGAUCUGCUGCUCGCCGAGAAGCUCAACACACACGCCAUCUCGCUGCAGGUGACCGCCCAGUCGGUGGCAUCGCGCAAAGUGCGCGGCGGCGGCGCCGACAGUCGACAGCCGGCGACUAUAUCCGCUACCAUCACAGCGAUUGCCUCGACAGAGGGCGGCGCUGUAGGAGGCGGGGCUGGUGCUGGCAAUGCGACGAGUGCCGCGUCGACGGAUUCGAUUGCACCGUCGCGGCCGAAGCGUACCAGACGCGAGUAAAAAUCAACCUAUUGAAGGAACCUGUCGUAAUUUGUUGUUUGUAAUUAUUAUAUAUUUAUGUGUAUGUAUAUCGUAUAUUGUAGAGUUUGCUUCAAACCGGCAACGAGUAAGACGCGCUGUAAUUGUUGUCGGCGAGUGCUCAUCUUCACUGCGAGUUGUUUGCUCGUUGUGGCCUAAGGCAUAUAUUGUAAAGUCUGCUUUAAGCCAGCAACGAGUAAAACACUCGCUGCUGUUGACGGCGAGUUGUUUAGUCGUUAUGGCUUAAAGCAUAUAUUGUCAACAAAGCUUUAUGCCAGCAACGAGUUAAACACACGCUAUAAUUGUUGUCAGCGAGUGCUUUUCUUAAGUGCGAGUUGUUUACUCGUUAUGGCUCAAAGCAUAGAUUAUCAAAUGUGCUUUAAACCAGCAACGAGUAAAACACUCGCUGUAAUUGUUGCGAAUUGUUUACUCGUUGUGGCUUGUCAGCGACUUUUAACUGUGUGUGUGUUGGCAUUCGAUUGACACAUGCGAUAAUAUUAAUCCUUUAUUAUUAUGCAUAUAUAUAUGCACUAUCAAUAUUUUCGAUGUUCGAUGUGUAUUUAUGUAGUUUGUAAGCGCGAAACAAAACCGUUAGAGAACGCUUAGCGUUUUAAAAAGAGACACACACACACAAACAAACAAACAAACACACAUAGCUCUCAACUAUUUAUAAAGGUUCGCACCUGGCGAGUCAAGCUCCAAAAAGUAGCGAUUGAAGGUGAGAGCAAACGAAUGCAGCGAGUCCUCCACUCGCCCUUUGUGCUAGAACGUAUAACGUAUUGUGAAACCUGUUAAAAUAAUUGAUUUUUUUUUCGCCUAUUUAUUAAUGCAACUUGUUUGCCGUACUCCCGAGAAAAACCUUGUUUUUGCUUAAGCUCAAUCGUAAUUUUAUUGGUGCUCUUCUUGAAAAAAACAAAAAAAAAAAACAAAAAUAAGAACAACAACAACAAACAAUGGAAAUAUGUAUAUGUAAUGGAAAUAACGUAUGAAUGUAUGAUGCAUUUUAUGAGGCUAAGCUAUUUAAUUUAAUUUACAGAUUGUAUACAUGCAUGUUUGUAAUAGUUUUAUUCAACCCAAAACCAAUCUAAAAUCAAAACACGACCGCAACAUAGAACAUUUUUGAACGCAACAGAAAACA